AUGACUUUUUCACAAUACAGCACACCUCAACCCCCAAGGUCUGUGUGCAGUGAGAGCUGCCCCCCAGGCACUAGACAAGCCACAAGGAAAGGCUUUCCUGUCUGCUGUUUUGAUUGCCUGCCAUGUGGAGAUGGAGAGAUUUCUAAUACAACAGAUGCUAUUGAGUGCACAGUGUGUCCAGACGAGUUCUGGUCCAAUCCAGAUAAAGAUCAGUGUGUCCUCAAAGAAGUGGAGUUUCUGUCUUAUGAGGAUCCUCUGGGCAUCUCUCUGACAACUGCUUCCCUGCUUGGUGCCUGCUUCUGUGCUCUUGUUAUGGUCAUCUUUGCGCAUCACCGUAACACUCCUAUAGUACGUGCUAACAAUUCAGAGCUCAGCUUCCUACUGCUGUUGUCACUCAAACUGUGUUUCCUGUGUGUGCUGCUAUUCAUUGGCAGGCCGCAAUUGUGGACAUGUCAGUUAAGACAUGCUGUGUUUGGCAUUAGCUUUGUCCUGUGCAUUUCCAGCAUCCUGGUCAAGACUAUGGUGGUAAUAGCCGUGUUCAAGUCAUCUCGACCAGAGGGCAAUGGCGCUAUGAAAUGGUUUGGAGCAGCUCAACAAAGAUGCACUGUUCUGGUCCUAAUAGCCAUCCAAGUUGUGAUAUGUGCAGUCUGGCUGUCAACUGCCUCUCCAACACCCCAUAAAAACAGCCAGUAUAUCCGCUCUAAAAUAGUAUAUGAAUGUGCUAUAGGCUCAGUGGCCGGUUUUUCUAUGCUGCUGGCAUACAUUGGACUGUUGGCAGCAGUAAGUUUCCUGUUAGCUUUCCUGGCAAGAAAUCUUCCAGAUAAUUUUAAUGAAGCAAAGUUCAUCACUUUUAGCAUGCUAAUCUUCUGUGCUGUCUGGAUUGCAUUUGUUCCAGCAUAUGUGAGCUCUCCAGGGAAAUAUGCAGUGGCUGUAGAGAUAUUUGCCAUUUUAGCUUCUAGUUUUGGAUUACUGGUAGCCAUAUUUGCCCCAAAGUGCUACAUCAUCCUUUUACAUCCAGAGCGAAACACUAAAAAAGCCAUCAUGGGAAGGGAAACACAAAAGAAAUAG